ACAGGAUCAUGAUUUGCUUACAAGAAAAUUAAGCAGAAUACCCGAUUAAUGUUACUAGGCUGGCUGGCUGGGUCUCAGAAAACUACUGAAGUUCGAAUCAUGGAUUUUUCGGCCAAGUGAAAUAUCGCCGUUCAAUUAAGGGAUGUGUGUCUGAUGAAAUUAACAGAUUGUAGGGCAAGAUUGGUUGCUGGUUCAUUUAAGGGUCAUAAAGGACAUGUUGAUGGGAAACCAAAUGAAGCCCGUUUCAAUAAUCCAAGAGGAGUUGUCAUGGAUGAUAAAGGGAAUGUCUAUGACUCUAUGUUGCUGAUACAUCAAAUCUUGCCAUAAGAAAGAUAGGAGAAUCGGGUGUGACAACGAUUGCUGGAGGGAAGUCCCACAGCGCAGGGUAUAGAGAUGGGCCAAGUGAUGAAGCCCAAUUCUCAAAUGACUUUGAUGUGGUUUAUGUCCAGCAACGUGUUCAUUGUUGAUUGUUGAUAGAGGAAAUGCAGCCACAAGGCAAAUCUCCCUUUAUCAAGAGGAUUGUGAUUACGAGCAAAGUUCCGUCUCAACUAUUGAUAUUUUUAUGGUCAUAGGUGCUGUAGUGAUAGGAUAUGCUGCAUGCAUGCUUCAGCAGGGAUUUGGCUCUACAAUUUUCUCCACUCUGGUAUGUUGUUGUUGUGAUCUAUAUUUAGUUCUUGAUGAAUAGAAUAUUUCGCUUACCCAAUAAAGGAUUAAAGGGUGGCUGAAAUGCAUGUAUUACGUUUUCCACUAAUUUUAUGAAAUGUCAAUUAUAUAUCAAGGUAUAGACUUUGCCCUCCAAAGCCGAAAUCUCCUCUCCUCCAAAACCCUCAGUCUGGACUCUGGACCAACACACCUUUAUUUUCACGAGUUAUGCGCUGCAUGGCUCUUUAUCCAUCCUCUCCAUUAUUUUUUGGCUUGAAAAUAUGAUGAAAUAAAGCAAAAUGGCUCACUAAAUUGUCUGCACUUCUUUGUUAUGAAGCAGCAGUCAGUCCAUGCAAUUUUGGACGCGAUUUUCACUAUGGGUCAUCCGGAAACAAUCUCUCCCUCAUGUUUUCCUCCCUGUUUUCUUUCCCUAAUAUUUUCCGAGUUUCAUAUGAGCCUUGGUCAUCCAAGAAUCAAGAAAUGUGUAAACAGUUGUACUACUCCUUUCGGAAUGCAGGGAAACACAGUAGGCAGGGAAGACAAAAAACUGAUCAGGAGGGAGAAGGCGUCUCCUGUUGUUGAAAUGGGAAAGGGAGACAAUGAAGUAGUGGCUGGAUGGCCAUCUUUCGGGCAGCUCAUUUGGGAUUUGGCCAAUCUCUCACUUGAAGCCGUGUCUUUCAUUUUCACCCUUCUUAAUCCACUGCAAUUUAGGAGCACUAGAGUCGGCAGUGGCCUCACUCCGCUUAAAGAUUCUCUCAUCAUGCCAGAAGAUGAAGAAGUCGAAGAUACUCAGGAACGGAGAGUUUCUGCCCCAGUUUCUGAGAUCACCACUAGGCCGGUUCACCCUCAAAGUGUUGGCAACAGUAAUAAUCUGUAUAGAGGCUAAGCCCCACAAACAUAGAUCUUCUAGUUCGAUAGAGUCAUCACAGCCAACCAGGCUGCACCGAUCUACCAGGCACCAUGACUACCAAGCAUACUAUGCAUCAUCAACAAGCACUGAGGUUGCUCAACCUUCCUAUCAGCCUGAGAUGAGGUCUAAAAGUCAGGGGGGGAUGAGGCAAAACAUCGCCGUCCAGAGAAAAGUGCACGCACUGGGAUGGAUCCGAAGUAUACUGGAACAAAGGGCCUAAACGGCUAAACCCUGCUUUGGUUGAAACUGGCAGGUCUGAGCAAUACUAUACCAGGAACAACAACCCGCUCAGAUAUCAGUAGAGUACAAACCCUGCAUUUGCAUUCCCUAUACAAAGUUGUGAGCAUUCUCAUGCCACAACAAGAAUAGUGGUGAGUCUACUACUAACUUUGCUGUGUAACAAAGCACAAAUAUGAAAUAUGUAUUAUAUGGCUCACAAGUACCAAGUACCUGACAUCGCAUCUGCAUUUCACAUAUUGUUCGAAGCUCCUAGAUGUGUGUUUUUUGUUUUGUUUAUUUACCAACUGUCUUACAUACUCC